GAAAUCCGCUGCGACUUGCUCAAAGCCGGGGCACUCCGCGUGUAUCUUUGGGUGCUCCUCUGCCAACUGUCAGGUGUGGACACAGCAACCGCACAGCGGUUGUGGAGAGAGUGUUGGCAGCUACAGGACGAGGAGGAUCAGGAGGAGCCGGAUGUCGAGGACGAGGAGGAAGCGGACUCCGAGGACGACAUGCCCAAGACCACAGCCCCGGCCGAAUUUCGCAUGCCGGUCGAAGCUGACUUCGCCCUUGGGGGGAUGCGCUUGUCCAGCAGCUUCCUGCAGAGCGUCACCACUCUCGCCACGGCAGAGCGCCGCCGCUUGAUCUUUGGGUCGGAUAUCCUAUGCACGUGA